AUGAAUAAUAAUGAAGAUAAGAAAUAAAUAGAAAGAUUAGGAACAGCAAGUACAAUGGAUUAAACAUUUUAAUAAUCUUAAUUCUAAUAAGAAUACUAAAAACGAGUCAAUUUCAUUUAAGUAAAUCUUUUCUCCAAAAAUAUUAAAAGUGAUUUAAAUCAAAAGUAGAAUAAUCGUUAUUCUCGUCCACAACCUACUAAUGAAUCUAAAGAUUAAUGUGAUUAAUAAUAAUAAACAUAACAUAACUAAUAAUAAUACAUAAAUCAACAACAGAAUUCUUAAUCAAAACAGAAAUAAAUAUAAAUAAAACAAUAAAAUGAAUCUCAAUAUUUAAUUGAAGAUAGGUAAGAGGAAUAUAACAGUGUGUUUGAUAAUGAAAAUUUAGAAUCCCCUAUUCCAAAAUAAAAAAAGGGAAAAGGAGAACAUCUUUAUGUCAAUUGGUACAAUAUAUUUGAAUUUUAGUUAGAUGUAGGCUCUAAGUGAAAUUUUAGUAAAAUAUCAUAUAUAAGAGUUAAAUCAGCCAUAUUUAAAAAGAAAAACAUUAGCAAAGUGUUGCUGUUUUACAAUAACAACUAAAUAAUCAUUCUAUUAAAUUUAGAAAUAAAUCAUAAUAAAUGAAGGAAAGAUGCCUUAUAAUGAGAAUGAUAUCAAUCAUUGUAAUCUUCUAUAUUCAAUCCUAUAUUAAAUGUAUUAAUUAGAGAAAUUAACUAAAAAAAAGUCAAAGGAAAUUGAAUCUAAAUAAACAACAGUCUUUUAAUUAAUUUAUAUGUUAUCUUGUAUAACUUUAUUUAAGGAUGAUUUAUUAUUGCUUACAAAUAAUGACAAAGAUAAAGUUAUAGCAAACUUGUUUAUGAUAUCAAAAUGUAUAUUUGAAAUCCUUUUAAGUGGUGUUUUGGAUCCUAUAUUCAAAUAAUCAGACAGUAAUGGAGAAACUCUUCAUAAUACUUUGACAUCAAUUCAUAUGGGUAUGUUUUUAAUGGUUUGUCGAGAUAAUUUAAAUUAAGAAAAAGAAAUUGUAUAAAAUUUGUAAAAUAAAAAUAUUAAAUCUCUCAUCGAUCUUUGGAAAAAAAAAAAAUUUGAAAACAAUUGA